AUGGCUCAAGAAUACAAACUUAAAGGCCUAGCCUCCUUUGGGGACUUGAAGACCACCGAAAAAAUCGAAGUUGAGGUAGAAGGUGUGCCCGAUGGAAAGAUUUUGCUUGUCAAUCUGGAUGGCAAGAUCCAUGGGUUGAGUCCACGGUGUACUCAUUAUGGUGCACCGUUGAAGAAUGGAGUUGUGGCGCCGGAUGGGAGAAUCACCUGCCCUUGGCAUGGAGCGUGCUUUAACGUCAGCACUGGAGAUGUCGAAGAUGCACCCGCUCUAAAUGCCUUGCAUAAAUUCGACGUCUUCGAAAAGGACGGAGCAGUCUACGUCAGUGCUACAGAAGCCGAUAUUAAAUCUGGACAGAGGAACCCAGUCGGUCGGUGCAGUGUAUCCAACUCAGAUGAGAAGAUCGUCAUUGUGGGAGGUGGAAGCGGAACAAUUGGCUUAGUCCAAGCUCUCCGCGAACGUAAAUACCCAGGCCAUAUCACUAUUAUCUCCAUGGAGCCAGAAUAUGUGAUCGACCGCACGAAAUUGUCCAAGGCGCUCAUCCCAGACGCAUCCAAGAUUCUCUGGCGUCCAUCUGAAUGGUAUGCUGAGGCAGGCAUCGAGAAACUCGUCGACGAAGUCAAAGCCGUAGAUUUUCCAUCGAAGCGUCUCUCUACGGCAUCAGGAAAGACUAUCACUUAUACGAAACUCGUCAUAGCAACAGGAGGAAUCCCGCGCUCACUUCCACUACCCGGCUUCAAGGACAAUGAGCUGCGAAACAUCUUCCCCCUGCGCACCGUCGCAGACGUCCAAGCCAUCCUAGAAGCAACAGGCGACCAGAAGAAGCAGGUAGUGGUAAUCGGCUCCUCAUUCAUCGGCAUGGAAGUCGGAAACGCACUUGCCGGCAAAGAGCACAACGUCACAAUCGUCGGAAUGGAAAGCGUCCCACUAGAACGAGUAAUGGGCGCCAAAGUCGGCCAGAUCUUCCAGCGGAACCUCGAAAAGAGCGGAGUCUCAUUCAAGCUCUCCGCCGGCGUGGAAAAGGCCACACCUUCCUCGUCAAAGCCUAACACCGUCGGCGCAGUCCAUCUAAAAGACGGAACCGUCCUCCCAGCCGACCUAGUCAUUCUCGGCGUUGGCGUCCGUCCCGCAACAGACUUCCUUCAAGACAACAGCUCAAUCUCUCUCCAAAAGGACGGAUCUAUCGCUACAGAUUCCAACUUCGUCGUUCCAGACCUCGAUGAGUCUGUCUUCGCUAUCGGCGACAUAGCUACAUACCCUUAUAACGGUCCAGGUGGAGAUGGAAAGCCCGUCCGAAUUGAACACUGGAAUGUAGCGCAGAAUGCUGGGCGGGCUGUUGCGCGUGCGAUUAUUCAUGCGAAACAUUCGCCGAUCUCUUCUCUCCCGCCUAAACCAUUUAUCCCGAUCUUCUGGUCUGCGCUUGGGGCUCAGCUGCGGUACUGUGGAAAUACGGUGAAUGGGUACGAUGAUGUGGUUUUGAAGGGUGAGCCGGAGAAUGGGAAGUUUGUCGCAUACUAUACUAGUGGGGAUGUGGUUGUUGCUGUUGCUACUAUGGGGACUGAUCCUGUGAUGAGUCAGUCGGCAGAGUUAAUGAGGAGGGGGAAAAUGCCUGGGAAGAAGGAAAUUGUUGGGGGCUUGGAUGUGUUACAGGUGAAAUAG